AUGACUGGCAGCACCGAACCCGUUUUCGUCCUCGCCCCUGGCGCCUGGCAUGGACCCGAAUGCUUCCAGCUCGUGCUGGAGAAGCUGAACGCUUUGGGCCGCGAGACGCGCACCGUGACGUACCCGUCCGUCGGUGCUGAGCCCCCAACCAAGGGCGGUUUCGACGAUGCCGCCGAACGGCCCGUUCGCGCCGUGGUGGAGCCCCUCGUAAACGAGGGCCGCCAGGUCAUCCUGGUCGGCCACUCGUACGGAGGCUUCGUCAUUAGCGAGGCCUCCAAGGGCCUUGGCUACAAGCAGCGCAAAGCCGACGGCAAGGAGGGCGGCAUCGUUCUUCUGGUCUACCUCGCCGCCUUCGUGCUCCCAAAGGGCCAGAGCGUCCUCAAGAUGAUCGGUGGCAACCCGCUGCCGUGGAUGGACGUGCAGGGCGAGCGCGUCUACCCCCUCACCCCCGAGGAGAUCUUCUACCACGACGUGCCCGAGGACCUGACCAAGGGCGCCAUCGCCAAGCUGAAGCACCAGACCGCCCAGGUCUUCCGCGACGAAGCCACCUACCAGCCGUGGGAGGACAUCGACUGCAUGUACUACUUCUGCGAGGACGACCGAGCCCUGCUCCCUUUCAUCCAGAAGGAGAUGGCCAAGGCCUUCAGCCCGAACGCCAUCACCUGGGCCUCCAAGGGCUCCCGCUCGCCCUUCCUCACCGAGCCGGACUACAGACAACGACGGAUAAAUCCGGCAUAA